AUGUCCUCUGUAUAUCCAUUCAGCCCGAUAAUCACAGGCGCGGAAGUGCAAGCCUCGAUCACAAAAAUGAAUGAAAGAGAGCAUGCCGCAUUCAUCUACGCCUUCACAGCAGUGACACUCGAUCUCACCCGCGCUUCCAAAAGCGCUUCAUCUUCCGCAACCUCCCAAAUAGCCGAUCUCAUGCGCCAAUCCGUGGACAUCCAACAACCAUUAGUGAUAGGAUUUCGCCCCUCCGUUCUCCGCGCAAUGACAAGCAUAUUCAUCCAGAUGUGCGCUAUGAGCCUAGGCCACUACGAUCUAGGCUUUUUCUACCUCCGUGAAGCAAUCAGCAUGAUCCACAUGCUUCGCAUAACCGAUAAAAGCGUCCUUGCAGACCUCAGCGGCCCAGAGCGAGCCCGUCGCCAGCGUCUCUACUGGCAAUGUUUCAUCCACGAAAGAUUCAUGUCAAUCGUGUAUUUUUCGCCGGUGACGCUACCGCCAGCCCAAUACCCAGAAGAAGAUGCAUCAACAUCUGUGUCGUUGGAAAUCCAGCGCGGAUGGACGCAGGUCAUCAAGACAUUCAGCAUGCUUGAUGCGAGCUUCAUCAGUCUGUGGAUUGGGGAUCGGUCCCUGGUGACUGCGUCGUGGGUAGAGGGCAAGCACCGCGAGUUGGACGAUGAGUUGUGGGAGGCCGAGGUGUCGAUGUUAUCGGAGUUGCAGCAGGCAGAUCUGGUGAUUACGAGACAGUGGAUGCGGACGUUGCUGUGGCAGAUGGCUAUGUCGAAUUGUUUGCUUAGUUCGCAUGCGUCGUGUCCAUCGUUGGAGUUGGAGAUGCCGUUGAAAUUGUCCAGUCAGCUGAGGCAGUUCUUGACCAAGAUCUCGCAGAAUACUAUUCGUGUCCAUGGCUCGUCGAUGAUAAGCAAGUUGCUGGAGAUUAUCAAUACUAUCGCUGAUGUGGUGAUUCACGUACCGCAGGCUACCACGGAGGAGACGACGGAGAGGAUUGAUGAUAUUGUUUUCAUGCAGAGUGUCGUGUUUUCGUUUCAUAACUUACAGGCUAUGUCAAAGAGUAUUCUGCUGGAUAAGUUUCGGUUGAUUCAGGGACGGUUCCCACAUAUUGAAGUUGCUAAGCAAUUGGCGGUUUAG